AUGUCAAAGAAGAAAAUCAUUACAGGAUCUAUGGAUCAGAAAAUCUAUAAUUUGAUUCAUGAUUUGCUUGAAGAGCAGACAGAAGAGAAUAAGAAUGCUUUAGAAGAUCCAGAAAAUGCUGAUCCGUUUUCAUACAUAGCAUCCUCCAAUAGCCUAACCAUUUCACAAGUAUUGGCUUACGUACAGAUGAAAGACUUUCAGUUAAAGAGAAUGAAGAGAAAUAAUCUUGAAAAAUCGAUUGCCAACAGUUUGAGACUAAUACGUCAAGAUGAGGCAGAAGAACUUGGUAAAAUUGGCCCUGGAAGCGAUGGUGGUUCAAAUUUGGAAAAUGAUAUUGACGAAGAAGACAAUGAUGAAGGUCGUCUUAUGGAUGUUAAAGACCUGAAUGAAUUAAAUAAAUCAGUUGUAGCCUUAUGGAACUUGGAAGAUAAUCAGACGGUGGAUAGCAAGGAUGGCGACGAUCAUCAAAUGGAAGAUUCCACUAUUGGCACCAAAAGAAAAGUCAAAGAUAAUUCCAAGUCUCAAUUGAAAAAACAAAAAAGGAAAAUCGACCAUACUCCUCCAACUGCAGACCUUUCCUCUCUUGGUGGUGUUGAGACCAUUACCACACAAUUACUUGAGAUUAUUGGGUUGCCUAUACUUCAUCCUGAAAUCUAUACUAGCACCGGUGUGGAACCACCAAGGGGUGUACUUUUGUACGGUCCACCAGGGUGUGGGAAGACCACCCUUGCCAACGCAUUAGCCGGUGAAUUGAAAGUUCCAUUCUUCAACAUUUCUGCUCCAUCCAUUGUCUCAGGAAUGUCGGGAGAGUCUGAAAAGAAGUUGCGUGAUUUGUUUGAGGAGGCUAAAUCCGUGGCUCCUUGUCUUAUUUUCAUGGACGAAAUAGAUGCUAUUACACCAAAGAGAGAUGGUGGUGCACAGAGGGAAAUGGAAAGAAGAAUUGUAGCACAACUAUUAACCUUGAUGGAUGAGUUGACUUUGGAAAAAACAGGCGGUAAACCUGUUGUUGUAAUCGGGGCCACAAAUAGACCUGAUUCUUUAGACUCUGCUCUUCGACGUGCGGGAAGAUUUGAUAGAGAAAUAUGUUUAACUGUUCCUAACGAAGAGCAAAGAAUUUCAAUUCUCAAGGCAAUGACAAAGAACAUCAAACUCGAGAGUGGUGAGAAUUUUGAUUAUAGAGAAUUAUCCAAGUUGACUCCUGGAUAUGUUGGGGCCGAUCUUAAAAGUUUGGUGACUGCUGCGGGGAUCACAGCUAUCAAGAGAAUUUUUGAAACAAUGAGUGAAGCACAAGAAGAAUCCUCAGUUCAGAAAGAUGAUUCCAUGGACAUUGACGUUACACAUUCCGAAUCAAAUAAAGAACUCAUUUUGCAAAACUUUGAUAAGAAGUCCGAAGUUGAGAAGUUAUCUACCAUCAAGAAGUUUUUAAUGAAGCAUCCAGACCCAUUAAGUCAGCAACAAUUGGAUCCAUUGGCGAUCACAUACGAAGACUUUGUCAAUGCUCUUCCAACAGUACAACCUAGUGCCAAGAGAGAAGGUUUUGCAACAGUUCCAGACGUCACAUGGCAAAAUGUCGGGGCACUUUCAAGCAUCAGAAUGGAGUUGCAUAUGUGUAUUGUCCAACCAAUCAAGAAACCAGAGAUUUAUUUGAAAGUGGGUAUUGCUGCACCUGCUGGUGUCUUGAUGUGGGGUCCUCCUGGAUGUGGUAAAACUUUGCUUGCAAAAGCUGUUGCCAAUGAAUCAAGAGCAAACUUUAUUUCUAUUAAAGGUCCAGAGCUCUUAAACAAAUAUGUUGGUGAAUCAGAAAGAGCCGUGCGACAAGUUUUCCAAAGAGCCCGAGCAUCUACUCCAUGUAUUAUAUUCUUUGAUGAAUUGGAUGCCUUGGUACCGCGAAGAGACAAUUCAAUGUCCGAGUCAAGCUCCAGAGUGGUGAAUACGUUGUUGACUGAAUUGGAUGGGUUGAAUGACAGAAAGGGUGUGUUUGUAAUUGGUGCCACCAAUAGACCCGAUAUGAUUGAUCCGGCAAUGUUAAGACCAGGGAGAUUGGACAAAACCUUGUAUAUUGAGUUGCCUUCACCAGAAGAAAGAUUAGAAAUCUUGAAGACCAUUGUGAGAUCAAACAAUAGUCCUUUGCAUUCAGAUGUUCUGCUUGUAUCUGUUUCACAAGAUCCAAGAUGUAGAAACUUUUCUGGGGCUGAUUUGUCCUCAUUGGUUAAAGAGGCUGGUGUUUCUGCGUUGAAGAAGAAGUUUUUCACCAACCAAAAGAUUCAAGACUUGGACAAGUCAGGGUUUUAUCAAGAGUCAUCCGACGAAGACAAAAUAUUCAUUACUGCUGAAGAUUUUGACUAUGCACUUUCUUCAAUCAGACCAAGUGUGAGCGAUAGAGAUCGUGUACGUUAUGAAAAGUUGAACAGGAAAUUGGGUUGGAAUAUAAUUCCUGAAAAGGAGAAUGAAGAGAAAGAACCACAAAUUGCAAGUUGA